AUGACCGUGACCUCGGUUGCUCUUGGGGCCGCGGGCACCUACCGCACCAGCUCUGAGCGCGCACUGCCAGAGGCUGAGUCAUCGCUGCGGCGCUGCCGGGAGAGCAGGCGGGCAGGUAGGGAGGGUGCGAAGAAUCAGGAGCCACGCGACCCAUCCCGGCCACCAGGGACAGGGCUGAGUCCCAGCGCACAGUCCUCUCCCGGAGAGGGCUGGGAAAGGGCGUGGGUGCGGCCCAGGACCGCGAUCAGGAGAAGCGGCGGGCCCCAGAACGCGCGGAUUCGGCCGCGCUUACAGCAGCGUUUUGAAGAGCUGCACGUGGGAUGGAAUCAUAAACUUCUGAGUAACGCGAGGCGGCAUCCACGUCAGGCAUCGCAGACUGGCAGCCCAUGGGCAGAUCUGGCCUGCACCUGA